AUAUAAACCCAGUAGCUCCUGCUGCCUUCUUCACUCCAGCAACACCAACAUUCCCAUCCUCUCUCUUCUACCGAAACAAGUCUCCCUUUGUUAUCUCAACGUCAUGUCAGCUGCUUCCCUCUCUACUGGUGCCAUCAUGGCUUUCUCUCUCCUCCUGCUAGCUUGCUCUUUCAUGACCGCCGCCUCCGCUGGUAACUUGGACCAAAACUUCCAAAUCACCUGGGGCGAUGGGCGUGCAAAGAUCCUCGAAAACGGGCAGCUCCUCACCCUCUCCCUCGACAAAGCCUCUGGCUCCGGCUUCCAGUCCAAGAACGAGUAUCUCUUCGGCAAGAUCGACAUGCAGCUGAAACUAGUCCCUGGGAACUCCGCCGGCACCGUCACCGCCUACUACCUAUCAUCACAAGGACCGACCCAUGAUGAGAUCGACUUCGAGUUCCUCGGGAACCUCAGCGGAGACCCCUACACGCUCCACACCAAUGUGUUCGCCCAGGGGAAGGGGAACAAAGAGAUGCAGUUCCAUCUCUGGUUUGAUCCCACCAAGGACUUCCACACCUACUCCAUCCUCUGGAACCCCAGACAUAUCAUCUUCAUGGUUGAUGGCAUGCCAAUCAGAGACUUCAAGAAUAUGGAGUCCAAGGGUGUUGCGUUUCCGAAGAACCAACCCAUGAGGAUCUACUCCAGCCUCUGGAAUGCCGAUGACUGGGCGACGCAGGGCGGACGCAUCAAGACCGACUGGGCGAAGGCCCCCUUCACCGCCUCGUACAGGAAUUUCAACGCUGAUGCCUGCGUCUGGUCCUCGGGUGCCUCCAACUGCCCUUCGAAGAAAGCUGGUACUGCUUCGGCCAGCAGCGACUGGUGGAAUCAGGAGCUGGAUUCCACGAGCCAAGGAAGGAUGAGAUGGCUGCAGAGAAACUAUAUGAUCUACAACUACUGCACUGACCUCAAGCGAUUCCCUCAGGGCCUACCUCCGGAGUGCUCCUUUGCCUGAAGAGAAAUGGAAUGUAGAGACCAAUCACGCCCAUUAUUUCAUUCAUUUGUUCUCUAUUGUCGCUUCAGUUCAUAAAUGGAGAGGAGUAUGUACUUCCUCCAUGUAAAGUGAUGCCACGAAUUUAAACGACAGAACCACGCAGAGUUUUCUUUAUCAUCCAGAAGAAACUGAGCUGCUUCUUUCCAUAAGGAUGCAUAUUUUGUACGGGAGUUAAUUCGACUUGAAAGCCAGAUAACAAGUUCCAAGUAUUUGCGAUACAGAGGAAUACAUAAUGGACUAAUCAAAUGCAUUUUCU